AUGAGGCUCCGACGGGUUCCCGUUCCUCUCCUCCUUCUCCUCUGUUCUUCCAUCUCCCUUACCCUCGCCGAUCCUAGAGCAAAUACCGCUACCUCCUCCGAUGAGGUAGUAGCCGGCCCCAUUUCCGGAAGCCCUCAUACGAAUCCUCGUGUUCAGAUAAGAGGCGUCGAGGACGCACCUAUCGAUGGAAAGGAUGGAAAGCCCCAUGCUGGGCCAUUCGUCGAAACGCAUGCGGAGCGGCAGCGGAAAAAAGAACAGGCUCUAUUGGACAAGGGCAAAUCUCCAACGCCGGAUUUAAAGGACCCUUCGGCGGAUCAUGUUGGUCCGGAUGGAAAAUUGAUUCCACACUCAAAUGAUGGAGUUAUGAAUGAUAAAAACAGGCCUGGUCCGAAAGAAGGGACUCGAGGAACGGAAGGAGGGGUAUCCGAGAGGAAUAAAGGGAAUCAGUUAGGUAUCGAGAAGAAGCCGGACCCGCCCAAAGAGGCACCACCAUUGCCGCAUAGCGAGCAGCAGAAAAUUACAACUCCUCAGGGCGAUCAAAUCAAGAAGGAGGACGAGGAGAAGAAAGAUAAGCUGCUGGAGAAACCCGAAGACCUUCCCGAAUCACCGCAUUCCAUCCCUCCUCCAACGCCGCCUCGUGGCCGGAACAGUAAAGGUUUGGCUGUGGAAGAUCCGGUGAAAUCUUUACCCCACGACAAGCCAAAUACAGCACAUGGCGAUGACCAUGUCAACGAGAUCAUACAGCCUUUCCACUCGUUUGUCCUUUCCUUUACGAUGAUUAUAUUCUCAGAAAUCGGCGACAAGACCUUUUUAGUUGCGGCAUUGAUGGCUAUGCGGCACCCAAGGAUGGUUGUCUUCUCUUCUGCAUUCGCCGCCCUCAUUACAAUGACGGUGUUGUCUGCAAUCCUGGGGCAUGCUGUCCCAGCAAUCCUUCCGAAAUCCUACACAAACGUUUUAGCGGCCGUUCUAUUCCUUGUUUUCGGUAUAAAAAUGCUCUUUGAAGCCAAAAAUAUGUCACCUGACGAGAAUGUGAGCAGUGAGAUGAAGGAAGUUGAAAUGGAGUUGGAAGAAAAAGAGCACCAGCAGCGGCGCCUAAGCCGCCGUCGAUCGUCUGUGAGCCCGUAUGCCCUAGAGGCUGGCCGUGGAGGUGUUCCUCACAAAUCCCACUUUUCUAAACACCAUCUUCCAACUCCUGAAAGCAACUCGCCAUCCUCGUCUCGAGGCAACUCCCCGUCCCGACGCUCAACGAUAAGCAAUAUGCUCGCCGGGCUGAACAAUCUCGUCUCGCUUUUACUUAGUCCUGCCUGGGUCCAAACAUUUGCUAUGACGUUUCUAGGCGAAUGGGGCGAUCGAAGCCAAAUCGCUACUAUUGCGAUGGCCGCCGGUCAGGAUUACCUGUGGAUCACUUGGGGCGCCAUCAUCGGCCAUGGAGUGUGCACCGCAGCAGCUGUCCUUGGUGGAAGGGCAAUUGCUGGUAAAGUCAGUAUUCGCACGGUCACUUUUGGUGGAGCGAUCGCCUUCUUGGUCUUUGGUCUCCUCUCCGUCCUCGAAGUCAUCUACUAA